GCGGCCGCCCCUGGCGGCGGGUUUGUUUAUCCAGGGGAAGAAGUUCAGGAGCGAGAGAUAGGAAAGAACGGCUGGCGGGGAGGGAAGGAGGGAUGCGGUUCGGCGGAGGCGGCCGCCACAGGGACUCGCCGCCAUCACCUCCGCCGCGCGGCCUGGGGCUCCCGGGGCCGCCGCGGCCACCGCCUCGGCCGUAGAGAAGCCGCCAACAGUACUGCCCGCCGCGGCACCGCACGUCCGGAUAAAGUACUCAACUGUGAGGGAUACUGCAUAAAUCCUAAAAGACUGCAGUACGGUGGCAAUGUCUCGGGAACCCACCCCACCUCUAUCUGGAGAGAUGUCUGUUGGCCCUGUAGCUGAAAGCUGGUGUUAUACACAGGUUAAAGUAGUAAAAUUUUCCUACAUGUGGACCAUUAAUAACUUCAGUUUUUGUCGAGAAGAAAUGGGUGAAGUGUUAAAAAGUUCUACGUUUUCGUCUGGCCCAAAUGACAAAAUGAAAUGGUGCCUGAGGGUAAACCCAAAGGGAUUAGAUGAUGAAAGUAAAGACUACUUGUCCUUAUAUUUGCUUUUAGUCAGCUGCCCAAAAAGUGAAGUUCGAGCAAAAUUCAAAUUUUCCCUUCUGAAUGCUAAAAGGGAAGAGACAAAAGCAAUGGAAAGCCAAAGAGCAUAUCGAUUUGUACAGGGGAAGGACUGGGGUUUUAAAAAGUUCAUUAGAAGGGAUUUUUUGCUUGAUGAAGCUAAUGGUCUUUUACCAGAUGACAAGCUUACAUUAUUUUGUGAGGUGAGCGUGGUCCAAGAUUCAGUAAAUAUAUCAGGACAUACUAAUACAAAUACUUUGAAGGUACCUGAAUGUCGACUAGCAGAAGAUUUAGGUAAUCUCUGGGAAAACACAAGAUUUACAGAUUGCAGUUUUUUUGUGAGAGGACAAGAAUUUAAAGCUCAUAAAUCUGUGCUUGCAGCACGUUCCCCAGUUUUUAAUGCAAUGUUUGAACAUGAAAUGGAAGAAAGCAAAAAGAAUCAAGUGGAAAUAAAUGAUGUAGACCCUGAGGUUUUUAAAGAAAUGAUGAGAUUCAUUUAUACAGGGAAAGCACCAAACCUUGACAAAAUGGCUGACAACUUGUUGGCAGCUGCAGACAAAUAUGCACUGGAACGGCUGAAGGUGAUGUGUGAAGAAGCUUUGUGUAGUAACCUCACAGUAGAAAAUGUUGCUGAUACCCUUGUCCUUGCAGAUUUGCACAGCGCAGAGCAGUUGAAAGCCCAAGCCAUAGACUUUAUUAAUAGGUGCAGUGUACUUCGACAACUUGGGUGUAAAGAUGGGAAAAACUGGAACAGCAACCAAGCAGCAGACAUAAUGGAAACAUCAGGGUGGAAGUCCAUGAUUCAGUCUCACCCUCAUUUAGUAGCAGAAGCCUUCCGAGCACUAGCAUCUGCACAGUGCCCACAGUUUGGCAUUCCACGCAAACGGCUAAAACAGUCCUGAAAUCUUCCAUGAACUGUAAAACAAUGGAAUUGACUUUGACUUCUCCAGGUCCAGAAGGAUUCUAAUACACAAACCAUAAGCAAGAGUUGUUUCUGUUAUCUUGUCCACAGAACAGAAGCUGAAAAAGCAUAUUGCUUGCUUUUCAGGUGGAUAAUUUAUGGUUUAUUCUUCAGCUUUAAAUUAGACUGAUUAUACUCUAAUUCACUUCAAGGCCUUAAAUUAUCUUCAGUGACUUCUCUUGUUCAUAUAAUACUUUAAUUUUUUUUUUAUUGUGCCUUGUCAUUUUGAUCAAGGCUAUGCAGGAUUGCACUAGCUCCAUAAUGCAGUAAUAUGGAUAACUGAAGAUAUUAAGUUUCAAAAGGAUCUUCCAUUAUUUUGAGAAAAACAAAAUGAGUUUUAUAAGGUUUGUCCUAUGCUAUCUCAAAGGUUCUCCUUAAAAGCACUUGUAUUGGAGAUUACCUGCAGUAUCUCCAGUCUAAGUUCUGUGAAUACAGGAGAACCUGCUUACCUUCAAGGUAAGUUCUGGCAAUACACUGCUUCAAUCCUAAUUUAAUUUCAUUUCGGGGGGCAAAUAUGCAAUGAGUUGGCCUAAAUUUUUAGUAAAAUUUAUAAUGUUUGUCAGUAUAUUAACUGUCCAACGAACUAAGAGAAACAUAACAAACUGUUGUUUGUGUUUCUUUUCGGGGUUGUCCCAAGUUUACGAUGAUUGAGAACUGAUGGAGGUUAAGAUUUCAACAAGAAGAAAGCAUGGUUUGUGCUGAAGUAAUUUUUUUUUUUAAGUUUAUAGUGACCUACAUUUAUAUGAAGAAUUCUGUACAUGUUAAAAGUAAGGAUGACCAAAUGUAAAUUUAAUGAGUGGGCCAAUUAAGAAAGAUAUAUAUGCACUUUUAAUGUGUAACUUUUGUAUGCUGAAUGGUACAUAUAUUUUUUUGCUUUUGAGGGAAUUAAUAAGGUAUAAUUAAUUGUGUCUUAACUUUUUGAAAGAAUUUUUUAAGACAGAUUGAGACAAGUGGGAUGUUUGUGAUACCAAGAAAGAUAUCCUUGAUUAUAGUUAAAUUGGUUUGAAUUUCAGAUAUUCAUUAUUGAAUUUAUUCAUGUUUUAUCACACUUUGGAGAUGGCACCUGAACAAUAACUGAAUCCUGGACAGCCAGUCUACUCUCCUUCUGAAAACAGUGAACUGAUAUUAUUUGCUUGUGGGAUGUGCACACUAAAGGAGAGAACCAUUAGAACCUGUCAGGCCACACUAUUAAACAUUUGUUGUUUUUUCCCCCCACUUUCUCCUUACUGUUUCAGUUACUGUACUAACAUUGUGGAUGAUAUUGAAAUUCUGCAUAAUGUGAACAGGAUAAAUUAUUUAUAAACUACUUUUCAUAGGCCAUUUCUUUAUUACAAAUGAAUUUUAGCUUUAAACACAUACACUUGUUCAGUGUUUGAUAGCUCUGUUCAAUACGGAGAUCUGUUUGGUGCAUUGUCCCAGAGAAGCAGGAGAGUUCAGUGUCAAGUCACUGCAUCUGAUGUACUGUAACAGUGACAAGAUGCUUCAUAGGCAAGAUUUUAUAUUUCACCACGAAGGAAAAAGUUUAUCACUGGAAAAAAAAUGCGUAUACCUAUAUAUUUGCAUAUAUAACCUUAUUCUUCUGAUUAAAUUGUGUUGUUUGUUUAGUUUUUGAAUUGAGGACAAAAGGAAAAAAAUGAAGCCUCAUGUUUUAAAAUAGAUUUUAUUUUUGUUAGCUCUUUAUUACAUAUUCACUGAUGCAAUACUAAUGCAUCAAAAGAAUGGUUCAUAUUUAUAUUAAGCAAACACUGACAAAUAAGCAUUUGUUAUCCACAACAAACUGGAGUUCAAAGAGAUCCUAUUAUCAGAUAUCUUAGUUUCUGUGUAAUUUGAGUCUUUGUUGUAUUAAAUUUGAAAUUAGAAGAAUCCCUUGGGCUAGAAGAAAGAUUCUUACCUGUUAAUAGACUCUACUGAUGUAGGAGUAUUUUGGGGAACAGAAACUCACGUCCUUAACUCUACCAUAAGAUUGAGCCCAUUAAGUUUACAGUGUGAAAUUUCAAAAACGUACAUACACAUACAUGUACAUUUUAAUUUAAGAUCUUGCCGGGGUCUUAUAAGAAAAAGAACUCCUUCCUCAGGCUAUAGAAUUUUGUUGUCAUAUAUUACAAAAAUACCGAUGUAUCCAUUUAUAUUAAAAACACACAGGCACAUUGUGAAUUAAUUCAUUGCUAGAAUCUUCAGCUCUAACCAUAGUGACUUCAGUAGCAAUACUGUAUAAUGAACAUUGCAGCUUGUCCUUAGUUUAGUUUUUCUUUUAAGUUUGGUAGCACAUUUUGUACCAAAAACGUCAAACACUGUGCUAUAAGAUUAUCCAUGUUUGUAGAAAUGUCCACUUUACAGAUAAUAUAAUGCCCUUCCAUUGUACUAACAGAAUCAUAUGGUAGUUGAUUUAUUUUUUAUUUAUUAUGUAUAUUUUUAGUAUUGUGGUUCUCAAGGCAAUGAUUUAAAAAAAAAUGUUGAUAUGUUCUGAAAUGAGUGCUCUAAUUGCCUUUUUUUUUUUCAUUUUUAAACCAUACAGAUUGUUUUCAAUAGCCACAGAUUCUUACCAGAACAUUCUUGCCUUCUGAACUAUCAGCCUGUUCCUAUUUCCCUUUUGUCACAUAAACAGGGCUUCUCCUUAGAAAUGUAGUGAGUGGUUUCAAAUAGCCAUUGGAGAACUGUUCUUUAGACUGAGGUUUAGAACACUGUAUUUGUGCCUUUUCUGUUUUUUAAUUUUAAUGUUUAUCGGUAUUUGGAGCACAAAUAUGAAGGUGCCAUAAUAAUAUGGCUUGCCAAUAUUACCUCCUUGAAAACUUAUGUGUCAUUGUUCUGACAUAGUAAUUGAAGAACCUUGCAUGUAUUAUGUGGUCAUUUGUGUGUUUGUAUGUAUACUUGUAUUCUCUGGAUUUGUGUGUGGUUUGUUCAAAAGAAUGAAUUCCUGAAAAUAGGCUCAGUUAAAUGUUGAAAGUUCAGGUUAGUUGAAAUAUUUCAUUUAAAUGUGCUUUAUUGUGAUUGGGCAGUUGGUUGGCAGAAGAAAUUAUGAUUCUCAAAAAUAUGACCAAUUUACUGCAUGAGGAAAUGUGAAAACAGUGCCUUUUUAGUUUAUAAAAUUGAUAGUUAUAAAAUUAAGUUUUAAAACAUUAAUGAAGAUCUCUUAAAAAGUUUUCAUGAAUGUUAUUGGCUUAUUUUUAGACCUAAGUUAGAGCUUAAAUUGUUUAAAAUAUGAUUACUAAUUUAUUUACUCUUGAGUUUUGUGCAUACAUUUAAAAACAAAGCAGAAUUCUUUUAAAAUUGUGGAUCAUAUAUGCCCGGUGUUUCUGAAAUAGUAUAGGAACUUUGUCUGAUAAGUAAAGUCUUCUGAAAACCCAACUCAGUAAGCUUUUUUCACAGCAAGUAUACUUGAAGAGAUAAAAUAUUCUGACUUGGACAUUUGUGCUCUUCUCUUGUUAGAUAAAAAAUAAAAGAUGCAAUAUAUUCUUGCAAAAUAAGGUGGGUGGGUGGAUUUCUUUUAGUGUUCCCAGAUUAUAAAGUCAGCACUUUCAUCACACAAGAGUAUUUUGCAAACCUUUUUUAUACAGAUUAUGAGCUCUACCUUAUUUAAGUGUUCAUGGAAUGAUGUAAAUUUUUGGUCCAGUUGAACAAAUACUGAGUGCCUACCAUAUGCAAGACUUCUUCACUAGGAAUGAAAUCACCACACCGUGUCUUCUGUUUGCAGUAUGUGGACUUUGUUUGAAAAGGAAUUCUUAUAUUUAAAUCUUUUUCUCUUGUUAGAGUUUAUCAUUGUAUACUGUAACCCAGUUAAUUUUGCAUUUGUUUUUUUAAAAUGAAGAUAUAACAGGUGUGUCCCAUUUUUUUAAAUAAAAUUCUGCUAAAAUUAUUUAAAAAUUAGUUUUGAGAUAAAUUGAUUUUCAAGAUUCAAAUGUAUAAAGACGUAUAUUGAACUUUUCAGCCCAGUUUUUAAUCAGGUGAUGUUAAUGGUGAGAUACAUACUUUUUGUAUCUUUUUGCUGAAAAUAUUUUUUGCAUUUCAGCACGUUGAGUUAAAAUAAAGUUGUUAACUACUUAUUCAGAA